AUGAAUACCGUUAUCGAAGGAGAUGAGAAGGAUCUCGAAAUGGGUUCGGAUACAGCCCCAACUCCUAUUCGGCAACCGUCUCCUUCUCCUUCCAGAAGGUCAAUUGACUCAUACCCUCCUCCUUCCCCUAGGGCACCUGCAUUGGUGGUAUCCAAUUCCGGUAAGUUAUUAGGGUCAUCAUCAAAUGUUGGUAAAAUGUUGGGUGUUUCGAGUUCCGGUAAAAUGUUGAACACAUCAAGUUCGUUCAAGUCACUAUCGUAUACUAGUUCCAAUUCCAAUUCUGGGAAGUCGUUGUCAGCAUCUUGUUCAGGGAAGUCAUUAACGAGUCAAGGUGGGAAGAAGAAGUAUGUGAAACAGGUGACAGGGAGAUUUAACGAUACUGAGCUCCAUUUGGCUGCACAACGUGGUGAUGUGAUGGCGGUCAAACGAAUUGUUGAUGAAAUUAAUGAGCAAAUGUUGAGGACUAUGAAAGGGGCAGACUUUGAUGCAGAGGUGGCUGAAAUAAGGGCUUCAGUUGUUAAUGAGAUGAAUGAAUUGGGAGAAACGGCUUUGUUUACGGCUGCAGAAAGAGGGUACAUCGAGGUUGUGAAGGAAUUGUUGCCUUACACAACUAAAGAAGGUCUUUCUAUGAACAACAGGUCUGGUUUUGAUCCAUUACACAUUGCGGCUAGAGAAGGUCACCGAGAAAUUGUCAAGAUCCUUCUUGACCAUGACCCCGAGCUAAGCAAAACAGUUGGUCAGUCAAAUUCAACCCCUCUUACAACUGCAGCUGUAAGAGGACAUUCAUCAGUAGUCGAUGAAUUGCUCUCUAGAGACUCUAGCUUGGUGGAUGUCACAAGAUCAAAUGGAAAAAAUGCUUUGCAUUUAGCUGCACGACAAGGUCAUGUAGACAUAGUCAGUACACUGCUCAAUAUAGAUCCUCAACUGGCGAGAAGAACCGAUAAGAAAGGUCAGACUGCUUUGCAUAUGGCUGUGAAAGGGGUUAGCUGUGAAGUUGUAAAAUUGCUUCUUCAGGCUGAUCCAGCAAUUGUUAUGCUCCCUGACAAGUUUAGUAACACUGCUUUGCAUGUAGCUGCAAGGAAAAAACGUGUAGAGAUAGUAAACGAACUGGUACUUCUCCGUGACACAAACGUGAACGCCUUGACAAGAGACCACAAAACAGCACUUGAUAUUGUGAGCGGGCUCCCUUUCUCAGAAGAAACCUCAGAAAUCAUUGAUAUAUUGGCCCGUUACGGAGCAGUAAAAGCAAAUGACUUAAACCAGCCACGAGACGAACUCAGGCAAACCGUCACAGAAAUCAAAAAUGAUGUCCACAACCAGCUGGAACAAGCCCGAAAAACAAACCGAAACAUGAGCGGGAUCGCGAAAGAGCUUCGUAAACUCCACCGUGAAGGGAUCAACAAUGCCACCAACUCUGUCACUGUGGUAGCAGUUCUUUUUGCUACAGUUGCAUUUGCUGCCAUCUUCACAGUGCCUGGUGGUGUUGAUGAGCAGAAUGGGACUGCUGUAAUGGUUCAGAGUCAGUGUUUCAAGGUGUUUUUUAUCUUCAAUGCUAUUGCUCUUUUUACAUCACUAGCAGUGGUGGUGGUGCAGAUCACAGUGGUUAGGGGAGAGAUUAAAUCAGAGAGACGGGUUGUUGAGGUGAUUAAUAAGUUGAUGUGGUUGGCUGCAGUUUGUACGUCAGUGGCGUUUAUUUCAUCAUCAUAUAUCGUGGUGGGGAAACACCAUAGAGGGGCGGCAAUACUGGUGACAGUUUUUGGGGCAGUAACGAUGGUAGGAGUUCUUGGUGGCAUGACAUAUUAUGUGGUGAUAUCAAAGAAACUGCGUAGAGUGAGGAGGAAGUCAAAAAAUAGUAGUGCUUCGUGGCGGAACUGGGAAAUCUCUGAUGCUAAUAUAAACCCAAUUUAUGCUAUAUAG